UUUCUGCACAAAAUGAACUGUUAUUGAGAUUAGUUGAAACUUUCAAAGUUCAUUAAAUUAAUAUUUAACUUUUCAACUACGCUCUUUAAACGAAUAACAAGUUCGUAUAUAAAAGAUGAUGCCAUCUUCGUGGAAGACGAAACGCAGUAGAAUUCAAGCUUAAAAAGAUAGCGAUAAUUUCGAUAACGAAAUUUCGUUUUCGAUCGCGAGGAAUAUUUGCAAAAGUUCAAAGGAUCCUAACGCAUGUCCGAGAAAAGAUUAAUCAGCGCGGGUCGCGAAAUUUUCGAGGGAGUUAAAAGGAAGUCGCGCUAGGAUUCGCGGAAAAACAAAUUCCAGGUUUUCGCGGUGGCCAACACGGUCGACCCAGAGAGAAGAUGCCCCGAAGCGCAGCGAGACUCGACGGCGCCUGCGUGGCCAUGUGACGUCAUUGGCGAACCGGGCAGCUCGUCCGCUAGACAUUCAGUCUCGCCUCAGCAUCGAACGAGGUUGUACGUAUUUACGGUGCGCACGUAACCCGACAAAGUAUCACGGAAGUAAAGUACCAGUAAUACCCGAUAGUCGUCGCGCUUAACGUUACAUAAACUCGUAGAACGAAAACGAGAUCGCGUGACUUCUCGAUCCAAGCAGGCAUCGUUCACGCUACAGUGUCCGACGUUUGCUCGUCGAUCAUCGCGAGAAAAACUCGCCUACAAAGUGCAUACACAACAACAACAACAUCGGACAAAAACGGAAGAGAUUUCGAUUAGUUCUCUUUCGGUCUUUCGCUAUCGUUGAAACGCGCGAUUAGUACGCGAUACGCGCGCCUUCUUUUCUCCCUCGCGUUCGCGAAAUCGUAACUCGUCCACGAUAACCCUCGUACCGUUCCAAUUAACGCCUCAGUGAUAAACACGUGCCGACGAGUGUACGACCCGAAGGGGGACAAGCGUUUCUUGAGGCAGACGAUGCUCCGAUACUGUUCGAUAAACGAGUUCUGAUCAGAGGGCACACGAACGGGCAUCCUCGCGCAGAGUCGCGUUCGCGUAGGGUACAUGCAACGUCCGAGUGCGUCGCUUGGUCGUUUCCCCUACUAUGCACACUGAGAGGUACCCGACUACUAUGAGAGAAUGAGCUGCUCGGUGAAGAUCUCGUGUGGCAAGAGUUGGAGCGGUUCGCAGCGAAGGAUCAACUCGCUCGCGGAGGAGAAUACUUGCCCUACGACUGGAAGCGCGAGUUGUGCCGGCCUAGCGGCCCAGUCGGCCGCCGCCGUAGCGUCGACGUCGACGUCGACCACGGCCACCACGACCACGCCGACGACCACCACCACGAACACCGUCACCGGCACCGCCACCACCGCCAGCCAAAGGAUUGGACAGCUGCGUCCCGUCAAAUCUAUCACCGCUAAAAAAGGGGAGGAUAUCACGAAACUGCUCAAGUACAUCGACGAUAACGUCAUCGGCAAGAACGGCACGUUCUUCGGACCAUUUGGCCGCAGGAAAGUGGUAUACUGCGAUUACACAGCGUCCGGAAGGUCACUGCAAUUCCUCGAGGAAUACAUCGCGAAAGAAGUGCUGCCAUAUUUGGGCGACACCCGAGCUUCCACGUCCAUCUGCAGCCUCCAGUCUUCUCUGUUCAGACACGAAGCCAGAGACAUCGUCAGACAUGCAGUGGGAGCUGGCGAACAGGAUGCGGUGCUGUUCACGGGUCAAGGCACGGCUGCUGCCCUUCGCACACUUCUGCGACACUUGGAUCUCUCGAAAUCCACCGUGGUGUUCGUGGGUCCGUUCGAGCAUCACGCGAAUCUGCGACCUUGGAGAGAGUAUGGUGUCAGGAUAGUACGAGUGUCUGAGACCCGGGAGGGUUUCUUGGAUCUGAACGAUCUCGAGCGUAAGCUGAUGAAAGUGCGAGCCGAGGGUGUUACGCAAAUGAUUGGAUGCUUCAGUGCUGCCAGUUGCAUAACCGGGGUUUUGGCAGAUGACGUCGCCACGACCCUCAUACUACACCAGUACGGGGCACUUAGUGUUUGGGAUUACACCACUGCAGCCCCGUACGUGCAGAUCGACAUGAAUCCACAUCUACCCGGUGUGGGGGAGACGGCCGUUCACAAAGACGCGAUCAUUUUCGCCGGACACAAGUUCAUCGGAGGUGUUCAAUCGCCUGGAGUACUGGUGACCAAAAGGUCCCUGUUGAAGGAGAGAAUUGCUGCGGAGGACAUGAGGGACUCCCAUCAUUAUCAUCGAGAUCCUGAGCUUCGAGAGGAGAGCGGCACUGCUGGAGUCGUCGAAAGCAUCAGAUGUGGACUCGCGAUGCAAUUAAAGGAAAACGUGACACCGCGAGCUAUCGUCGCUCGUCAGGAUAAGAUUUCCAGACAAGUGCUGGCUCACGUACGAACAAUUCCGGAACUGAUUCUGCUCGGCAGCGGCUCGCAGAAUGUUAAGAGGUUGCCGAUCUUUUCGUUCAUGGUGCGUCAUCCGCGAGGCACGUUUCUACACCACAACUUCGUGUGCGCGGUGUUGAACGACGUCUUUGGGAUACAAGCCCGAGGCGGGUGCGCGUGCGCGGGUCGUUACGCUCAUGACCUGAUGGGAAUCGACCAGGAACUCGCCAAGGAGUACCAGAAAGCUCUUCUGGAGGGCGAGCGGAGCAACGAGAAUGGAGAGACGAACGCGGAAGGAUUAAGGCCAGGAUUCGCUAAGCUCUCGUUUCCGUAUUUCAUGUCCGAAGCGGAAGUAGCCUUCGUUUUGGAGGCAUUGAAGAUGGUCGCAACCGAAGGCUGGAAGCUUCUGCCCCAGUACGUGCUGAACCCGGACACCGGCGAAUGGAGGCAUCACACGAACAGCGUGUUCAAGGAAAGAAAAUGGCUGAGUUCUAUCAGAUACACCGACGGGAAGAUGAACGCGUCGGAAAGAAGGGUGUCCGGGUCCGGCGUUCUUCCGCAGAACUACGGCGACUGUUUGCAAACGGCGAGGAACAUCUUCAACCGUGCGAGAAAAAUGGCGCAAAGGUAUCCUCUGCAGAUAGAUCGCAGCUACAACUCCGUGCCCGAACGGCUGGAGUACCUGCGAUGGUUCAUGCUGCCCAGCGAGGCGCAGGACCUUCUGCUGGGCAACUCGCAGAACGUGAAGCAAGAUGUGCCUUUCAAUCCGAUGCUCUCGUGGAACAAGCACGGCCAUCACACGCCGACAACCACGCACGACAGUCUGGUGAACUCGUUGGCGCUGGCGAACAGCAUCCGUCGACUGAACAGCGACAUUCCGCGGACGGGAAAUCCGCCGAUCUCGUCAAACUCGCCCAGACACCGCAGUCUUCCCGUGCUGAGCAGCGUCAGAAGGACGUUGCUGAACGCGGCCGAGUUUCAGUCGUCCUCCUCGAGUCCCGGAAGCGGCAACGAGGAGGAACAGCCGAGCAACACCGAACGUAACAACGAUUCGACGGGUCAGAGGUCACCAGCCACUUGUCCGAGCUCGCCGAUGCCAGUUAGAUUCGCCGUUGGCGAGGCGGUCACGCCUUCGGCUCUUGGAACGAUGUCUCCCGCGGGCAACAGGCCACUCAAAGAGCAGAGAGAUCUCAUAGACGCUGCCAAUUCCGGCCGUGCCAGGUGCAACUCUCUGGGGAGCACUACUGGCGGGGUUAACGGCUCGGGAAAUCGAAACGUGGCAUCAUCCUCCUCCUCGCCUAUACCGCCUCUUCCGCUAAGCCCUCAGACAUUGACCAGCUUAGGGUUGGGAAAUAAUGGAAACUCUCCGAAGCAUAGACGACAUCACUGCAGCUGCAGCAGUCAGACGGAGCUGAACUCUUUGGAGCUGGACAACGGUAGCCCCAGUCACUCGAUCUUGUCUCUGAACUGCCACAACGCAGCUUCGCCACCGUCGUCCUUCUGCUCGGUAAGCGACUACACGGAGAAGUUCAUUGGAGGUGGUAGGUCGUCACCCAUUUCCGGGAACGGUGGGCAGAGGUCGGAGGACGAUCUGAGCGCUUACGUGAAGGAGGUGACCAAGGAGCUGGCGACGGAGAUCAAGUCCGAGAUCCGCGAGGUGAUCUCCAAGGUCGAUGACGCUUUAUCGGAGACGAACACGUCCGAGAACACGCCGCAACAUCACUCGCGCAACCACAGCUCCAUCAGUCAGCUGUCCGUCGAGGAGAAACAGCUCAGACACGACUCGUUCACGGCCAGCGACAUUGCUGAGUACUUGAUGGAGUUCUCUAAAGAGAUGGCCAGCGAGGUCAAAUCUGAGAUCAGAUGCAUGGUGAACGCGGUCGACGGGCUGCACAGACAUUCUCCGGAUGCCUCGGCUUCUGACGUGUCCUCGAACGGUUGCGGCUCCCCCGACAGGGGAAGGAUUCUCCAGUCGUCGACCUCUCCCAGAUUGUCCAGCGCCAGACGAAGCGGCCCGAUCGAGAUCUCGGGCAAGGUCGGCGAGCUGACACAGCAGGAAAGCAAGAUGUCGAGCGAGUGCUCUUCAGAUGAGACGGUGAUCUACGUGAUGAAACCACCGGAGAACGAGCAGAUGGUUCGCAACCAGUCGAAAACGGACGACGAAGAGGUGGUGCCGGAUCUGGACGACGAUUUGAACGACGACGACACGCACGAACGCGGAGGUUUAGAGAUCGGCGACGCGAGGAAGGUUCUCCCCAAGAUCUAUUCCGCGGUGAACUCCGUCAGCUCCCAAGACAGCGGCAUCAAUCUGAGCUUCCACGAAAGCGACAAGUCUUUGGACUCCGUGGACUUGAAGAGGAGCAGCAGCGCCGAGUCGAAUUCUACGAACAGCUACGGUCGCAAGCCAAGGGCCGCGUCGAUGAGUUCCCUGUCCAACAAGUCCAGCUGCAAGCAACAGGUCCGCCAGAACGACGACUUCUCCGAAGACGAGGAAUGCUCUGGCGACCUGAAGGAGGAAGAAGAUGGAGAGCAGGCUGCGUUCGAAUCUAAAGAAGGAAAGACUGAAGGAACCCGACCGCAAUGGCAUUGCCCCCCGAAGAGCAUCUGGAAACCAGCUGUAGAGGCUAUGCAGGAGUUCGACAUGAUCCGAGACAACGACAGAGUGUUGGUUUGUCUGUUGGCCAAUGGCAAAGGAUCACUGUCCUUGCUGCACACGCUGCACCAGUACAGAUUUUACGUGAGGUCCAAAGGCGUGGACUUCGAAAUUGGCGCUGCUACUGUCGACACGAACAGGUUCGACCCGCUCAAGCUGAUGAGCUACCUGAAGGCUCUGGACGUUCCUUACUUCUACGAGGAGCAAAACGUCGAAGCGAAGUGCAACAGCGGCGAGAAUCAACCGGAAGAGUCUCUAGACGCCAGCGGAGCGUGCAGCUUCUGCGAUCGAAACACCAGGGCGCAAUUGUACUCUAUCGCUAAGAGACACAAUUACAACGUACUGGCUGUGGGCCAACAUCUGGAUGAUCUCACCGAGGGCUUCCUCGUCUCCGUGUUCCACGGUGGCAAGCUGAAAACCAUGAAGGCCCACUACUACAUACGCCGACAAGAUCUCAGGGUCAUACGACCGCUCGUGUACGUUCGGGAAAAAGCGUUGAGGCAAUUUACGGAGACUAAGAAGCUGCUGGCUUCGCGGGAAACCGGGUCAAGUGACCUUCCCGAGAAACCGCGACAAAGCAAGGAGUUGAUUCUUCAACAAGAGCGCACGUACCCGCACUUCUACUCGUCCUUGAGAACAGCCCUGCGCCCCCUGAUCGACGCCUACGGACCACAAAAUUUGGACGUCGUUUCCAGCGCAGGAAGCAACGCGGACUCCAGCAGCGUGAACGCGAACGUCGGCGGAAACGGUGCGUCCGCAUCGAACAACCACCAGAAGCGACAGCGAAGAGUGAAGAGUAAUUCCACAGUUCAGAGCAAGCCGAAAGAGCACGAGGACAACGACGAGACCGACGAGGAGCCGGUCCUCUGAGGGAGACCCGUCGCGAGAUGGGAUUUCAAUCGUGCUUCGAUCUCAUCCUCGCAUCACCGUCGAAAACUAUCAUUGUCCGCGUUCUCCGGAGUGAGAAGAAGGCGUCUGCGAUUCGCGACCGCCGUCGCCAACGCGAACGUUCAGGAUCCUGACGGAGAUUGCUAGGAGGUCGAUGAUACACCAUCGAUCUUGGGGAUGUGGGAUUUUGCGAUGACGUCGACCAGCCCGGUCGAAUCGCAAGUGAAUCGCAAUGCAACGAUUUUGUUUGAACUACUAUUCUGUCGAUAGUAGUCGACCGUCAUAGACGGUCCUGGCUUGACGUGCAAGAAGCGUACACUCGACGUGUACGAGAUCCUUUCACGGACUUUUCGAGAUCUUAGCGAGGCUUCUUCGCGAACGUUUACGAUUUUUCCUAGGAACUUUUUGGUGUUGAUUAGUGAACGGUUCGUAAGAGAUACGUUGAGGAGACAACCCGUCGUAUCCUAUAAUGCUUCACGAGCUACUUAAGAAACGUUUGUGCGCGGUUAAAUGUUACUUACCUAAGGACACUUAGCGUUUAUAUAACCACCAAUACGAUGAGACUUCGGUUGUACUUUUCGAGUUCAGAGCAGUGGCCUCGGCCAUCUUUUGGAUUGAGGCUCAAUUUGUAAGCAGCAGUUGGUGAACGAGUUAAACGUUAUUUAAAGGACUUAGCGUUACGUAGCCAACACAGACUUCGGUCAUACUUUUCGAGCUCGGGUCUUACCAUUUUUUGGCAAGAUAUUCGUAACAGAACGUUUGAGACUAGAAAGCAGACAGUGAAUAGGUGAAGAAAAGUGAACGCGCGAUUCGACAACCGAAUUGGACUCUGAAACAAAUGGAACGAUUGAUCGAUUGGGGAACGACAAGUGAUUCGAGAAGCGCCAAAAGAACCUCUGCUCAACGGACCGCAGCGCGGCCGCGCGCGCACGAGGGACAUCUAAUUUUUUAUAUAAUCGCGAGUUUAAUAAAUUUCGAGGUCGCGUCUCGCCCCGUUGACGAUCAGGGUUAGUCGCUUAAGAUACCAAAUUUUUGUAAAUCGUACCCGCAACGAUCUCACCGGCGGUUCGGGCAAGAUCUCUUUUUUCGAGCAUUUUUCCGACGAUCGAACGUGAAUUCGAUGUCUUUGGAGGGCUAAGGGUACGCGUGACUUUCGUUCUCGUUCCGAAUCGUUGGGGCGUUCAUUUUUUUUGCGGUCAAGAAAAAAUGUCGUCCCUGACGAUUCGCGAACACGUCUCGAGUGAUCAGAAACAGAAGGGCGCUUCGAUGAAACGGGCAAGCGCAGGUGACCAAUCGUCAUCCAUCGAGCCGUAUUUUUUCCGCGAGCGUUCCAUUUGCACGAAUUAUAAUUACAGGAUCGAGAAUACAAAGAUUUCGAUAUGAUUCUCAGCUGCAUGUAUGUACUUCGAUAGCACGCACAGAAAAAAAAGUAAACGAACGCGGCCGUCGAACGCGCGGUCGCGUCUACUCGUAAAUACGUGUACAUAAAGUAACGCUUCUCUGACGAGUAAACCGAAGGAACACGGUGUGUAUCGUUAAACGAAAGCUUUUUCCUCUUAACUGGUAAUAAUACAACGCAUCUUAUACAUAUAUAUCAUUGUGUGUCGUCUUGCUCGAGAUCAUUGGCGGAUCAUAUUUUUCGACUAUUGUAUAGCCUCUUUAUCGUCGAUGAACGUCGAGCGGACGAGUCGAGCGGAUUUCACACGGUAUUCUUUCGAGAAAUUGUAUUCAUGGCGUUUCGGAACAUGGCGUCCGCUCGUCGUCGAAUCGCGAACAGACUGGGAUUACGCGCGCGAUUAUAUUCCAGGCCGCGAGAGUUCGGCCACCAGUUAAUGGUCAAAGCUGGAUGACUUAAAGAAAAUUGAAAAAAAAAAAAAAUAUACGAAAUG